AGUGCGUUUCCGGAGCCGCCAGCCGUCGCCGCGCCGUGGAUGGUCCACGAUCCUCCACACAAUGUCCACGACGGGUUCUGAUCAUCCUCGCGUCGCCGCGAAUGACGCCGACGGGACACACAAGACCUACGUCACAUUGGAUGUCUUUUCGCAACUGAUGCCGUGGAUCAACAGGGCGGCUUCCGGGGAAUCGCGUCAUUGGAAAGCAGGGUCACGUCAUGUGAUGCAGGAAAGAGCAAAACUCUACAAAAAUGAUAUUUCACCUCGAAGCUGUGAUGCAACGUGGAGUCUGAUGGAACAUCAAUGUAGUGUGCUCUACACAAGAUCUCAAAUAUAUUGGAAGAUAUUAUUUCAAUUAAGAAUAACCUAUUUAUUCGGAUCAGAAGUGUAUAUAUAAAGACAGACAUACUCUCAUAAUUCAAUGUUAAAAACGAAAUAGAUGAAUAUAUUACUGACAAAAAGUCGGUGCAGAAGAAAAGUGGCUUUCCAAAAAUUUUCAAUUUGCCGGAUAACAUAUUUAAUCUUGGCAAAGCUAUUUAUUUCACGGCUUAAGAUAAUGUUUUUUCUACAUAUACCGGCUUUAUUGUCAACUGUCGUUGUGACAAUGGUAUUAGGUAGCAAAAAUAUACUAUUUUCUAAAGAGAUUUCUUUACCAACUCAAAAAUUUUAAAUUUUGAAAAUUUUUCACUAUCCUUGUGCACAGACUGCUUAUGAUAUAGAGUUGAGCAAUUGGUUUUAUCUGAAAGUAAAUUGUGACUAAAGAAAGUAUAUCUCUCAAACACACUGUGUUUAUAAUACUUGAUGUUAAAUGGACCAUAUUCACCAUAAUUACAGUUACCAUAAUUAUUUUAAGUUUACUGUGAUAAAUUGUGAAAUAUUUAUGUCUUGAAUUCAACAUAGAAAUAUCACUGAACAUUUAAAAGUGCCUGGUAUCCAUGGAACGUGUAUAAUGUAUAUUUGAUGAAGGGUAAACAAUGCUGGUAUAUGUGACAAAAUCUAGUGCAUGUCCUAUUUGAGUUCAGGAUAGGCUUGCAUUGGAUUUCAAAUAAAUAAAGUUCAAUUUUA